GCACUUCGUCGGAUCCAAGCUGUUUCCAUGACGACCAUUCGUCUUCCUAUACAUGGAGAGAAGGGGGAGGAGAAUCACUGGCUCUGUGAAGUGGGCAGGAGGACUGUUGUGUUGCUCCGACUACUGUCUCAGCAUUAGCAGCAGCGGUAUCCCUAUUCCCCGCCAGCGGAUGGCUGAGGUGUAAGGAGCCGGGAGGGGAGUCUGUGCAGCUCUGGCUAGAGCUGCACUUUGGCUCAUGGGCUGCAUGGGUACGGCUUAUGGGAAGCUGUUGUGAACUGCAGGGGGUUUGGGGCUUUGGCACAGGUCUUCUUGCCCUAGGUGGGUACAUAGCAGGGUGUUGCGAGGCUGAUUACCACCAUGGUGCCGAUUAUUUCCUUUUGAUGAGCAGUGUUAGCCAUCCAAACUCCCAGAUGCCCUCCUCUGCCCCAUGCCCCAUGUUGUGUACACCUGCCUCCCCUUGUCCUGAGCACCAGACAUGGACCAUGAUGAGACCUGGCCACCCUCCCUAUACAGUUACUGUGGAUGGAUCUUGUGGUGAGGACCUGAAAGCUGGGAGAUAACACUAUCAUGGAUAAGGUGCAUUUUGAAUUGGAGGAUAUAGUUAGUAAAUUAAAGGAGCAGGGACUGAAUCCUGGGACCUCUACAGAAGAAUAUUUAUGUUUCCUCUGGAAUCUGUAUCAGAUAGCGGAAAACAAGUUGCAAACAGCAACUAGCAGUCUAGAGGAGCUAAGACUACAGCAGGCAGAAGAGAUGAAAGAGGUUGAGAGCUAUGUGGCUCACAUCAGGAGUCUCACUGAGGAGAGGGAGGCGCUCACUACAGAUUUUGAAAAGGAAAAUAUACAGCUCAGAAUUGAACUUGAGAAGCUGCGACUUCAACAAGAAUCCCAGCUGAAGGAAGUUGAAGAGAUGCUGGACCAGGAAGGCUUAAAUGAGAUUGCCAGCAGCAGUCCCAGUGAGCAGGUUGCCUAUCUGCUAGUGGAAAGAGCCACACUUCUAGAGAAGCUGGAGGCUCUAGAACAAAAGACGUACUCUCACUCGGAGAGUGAUCUAAAAAGACAGGAACCGCUGUCCUCUAUUCAGAAAUCGUGGAAGAAGUUGUUUGGGACUCAUAAAAACGCAGACAGGCUGUUUGCUGACUGUUCAACGUUUGAUGAGGAGCUUGAUAAAGAAAGAAAAAUUAGGGAAUGUACUGAGAGAGAUUUGAAUGAAGCCGCCCAGAGAUUGAAAAUGGCUCAUGAUGAGAUCCGCAAACUGACUGAUGAUUUGCUCAUUAAAAAAUCAGAAAUUAAUGAGAAUGAACAUGUUAUGAAGGAGAAACAAGAAGAGUAUGAUGUUCUAUGUCAAGACCUUAAAACUCUCAAAGACAAUGAUUCUGUUGAAUUGCAAAGAGCUAAAGAACAUAAUGAUCGACUAGAUAAGGAGAUUCUAUCUUUACGCCAACGCGUCAGAUCACUGGAUUCUGAAAGAAAAAAGCACAUGGAACAGUAUGAAAAGAGUGAGAAUGACUCUGCAACAAACUCGUCAGCCACUAAGCAGAAUCUGCUGGACAAUCCAGAGCUUCAUAAAAAGUGCAGGCUUGAUAUUGAAGCAAUAGAAUGUCAGAACAAACAGUUGCUGCACAAGCUGCAAAAACUACAGUGCGAACAUGAAGAAAUAGUAGAGCGUAAUGAGGAGUUAGAAUCCAUCUUGGGAGAGUCUCAGAAUCGAACAAAGGAACAGGUGGAUUACUUAGAAUGUGAAAUAGCAGGACUCCAAAGAACAAUUAUGAACUUAGAAUCAGAAUUGACGGAGCUUGCAGAACAGCGAGAAAAAAAGGAAAGCAAAAACACGGUCCCAGAAAAGAUGUCCAGCUUACAGAAGGAGCUGGAUACAUUGAGAUCAAAACUCAAAGGAGUUCACAACGACCUCAAGAGCACCGAACCAGAAAAUAUCAAUUUGCAUUUAAAAAUUGAGCAGCUGGGGAAAGAAAAACAUUUGCAAGAUAACAAGGUUUCAGAUCUUAUGGAACAAUGUAAAAAGCUGCAGGUGGAACUAAGUGAGCAGAAAUCCCACAAUGAGGGGAAUGCAAAACAGGCCUGCCAGCAGUUAGAAGAAAAGGUUAAGGAUCUAGAAAAUGAAAAGGACACAAUGAGCAUCACGCUAUCAGAACACAAGAAAAAAUGUGAAAUCCUUCAAAGACAUCUCCAUGAAGAAACUAAGGAGAAGAAGAGUCUGCAGGAGGAGAACCUGCAGCUUAGACAGGAUGUAACAGUCUCUAGACAAGAUCUCCAGGCUAAGAGAGAGGAGAAUUCACGACUAAAGCAGGAACUCUCUGGUUUGCAGGAGCAAGUAUCCAGAUACCAUAGCUUUGGAGAUGGAGCGGAGCAUCUGGCUGGGGAUUCACUAGUCCAACAGCAGUAUGAGGAAAUCCGUCAGCUACGCCAAGACCUCCACAGAGUCCAAAAUGUCUGCAGCUCUGCUGAGAAGGAACUGCGAUAUGAGCGAGACAAGAACCUGAAUGCCAAGAAACAACAUUUCCUACUACAGAAGGAGAACACUAAGCUUUCUGCAGAAGUAAAUGAUGUUAAACAGAAAUUCUCAUAUAUGACUGCAACAUGUUCCAGUCUUGAAACGGAACUUGAUCAGCGACAGCAAAAAAUAAAGGAGAUGGAGCUUGAGAUACUAAAGAGGAAUCAAAAUUCUAAAGUGCAAAGCAGCUUGCUGGAGAAGCUGGAACAGGAAAAAUCCCGAGCUGUGGAUGCUGAAAAAAUGAUCUUAGUCUUGCAGCAACAACUGAGAGCCUCUCAACAUCAGUUAUUGCUAUUACAAACUCAGGUAGCAGAAAAGUACCACCUGGAGGAGGAAGUGAAAAAAACAAGAGAAGGGGAAGCUAAGCUGAAAGUGCAAUUACAAGAGGAACAAAUGCAAAGGAAAAUUUUAGAUCAGAGAUUUGAGGAAGUUCAUCAAGAAAUAAAAGUGUUACAUGAGCAGGAGAUUUCACUCACCCAGAGGAAUUGUGCUCUUCAGUUUAAACUACAUCAACAGGAAUCCAAAUUACUACAUCUGGAUGAUGAAAAGAAAACAUACUCUACAGAGCGUACACACUGUGAAAACACUAAUCAGAAGCUUUCUGAAGAGCUCUUUCAUUUGCAGCAGGAGAAGGGGCAGUUGCACAAGGAGUAUGAAAAUAUCCUUAAACAGCUGGAUGAUUACAUUCGGAAGUACAAUGAAAGGCAACUACGACAUAAAGCCAAAAUUAGCAACACAAAGGAGGCCCACUUGAGUGAGAUAAACAAAAUGGAUUCACAUAUUAAACAGCUGGAGAUGGAACUUUCACUAUCCAGGAGACAGGCAGAGAAGAAAAAGCAGUGGAUCAGUAAAAUCACAGCUGAGAAUGAUCAUCUGCAUGAAGAAAAGAGACAUCUGAUCCAGAAGAUCACAGAGCAGGAAGCUUCAGAGCAGAACCACAAGUGGAAACUGCUGUCGGCACAGAACAGGGCUCGUAUUCUAGAUGUAGAAAACAAACAGUUGCAGGAAAAUCUACUCCAGCUUUAUAACCAGGUUGGGUUACUGGAGCGGGUACUGAAGAAGCUACAAGCCCUUAAUCUCACAGAUAUUACAAAGAUGAUACCCUCUGAGUGUCUGCUGAGACCAGAUGCAGUAUUAAAGGAAAGAUUCUCGCAGAUUGAAGCUUCAAGUUCAACCCUGAUGUUAAAAGUAAUUGAUGAUGCAAAACUUGAGCAAACCCCAGAGAAGCCAUUGUCCCUCUCUUUAUCACGCUCAGAGACCUCAGAAGUUGGAUAUCUUAAUGUAGUUUCCCCUCGAGCCCCCAUCACCUCUCCAGAACAAUCAGUAAUGCCAGUCUUGUGCAGCAAAGACGUUUGAAAUAAGAGUGCUGAUUUAAAUAACCACCAUUCACUGUAAUGCUAAAUAUAACAAUCCACUAUUUGCACUUCUUUGUAAAUAAUAAUGGUCUUUGGUGCCUUCCAAGCAAGUGUUAAUCUUGUGCUGCUAACCACAGUUAUGUAUACAGGCAUUAACAAUAGCACAAGGGACACUCUUAUGUAAAAUGUGACUGCUGAUGUUUGUAUUUUUAUAAUAGCCUAUUAAACCUUUUUAAAAAUA